GAAGGUUGCUGUGCUGUAUUGGGAGAAACUGGUUGCAGAUGGCUGAUGGAGAGGAGGACCCAGCCCUGUUCAGCUGCCGGUCCCUGCCCUCAGACCCCCGCCUGCUGGCCACGCUGACCAAUGCCUACCUGGGCACCCGCCUGUACCAGGGCACCCUGCACGUGGCAGGGGUGUACAACGGGGCAGCAGGAGGCACGCACCGGGCAGACCUCCCCAGCCCCCUCGGCAUCAGGCUGGCACUGCCCGGAGCGGGCAGCCUGGCAGAGACCUUCACCCUGAACACCCGGACAGGAACCUUCAGCCACGUGCUGCAGGCAGCUGCCUGCACAGCCACACACCAGCUCUAUGCUCACCAUUCCCUUGUCCACUUGAUGGCCUUCAGCAUCACCAUCCAGCGGUCACCUCACACUGCCCAGCCCAUCACUGUCCAGCUCCAGACUGCUUUUGUGCCAGAGAGCCAGGACCUGGAGCUGAGCCAGGGACCAGACUUCCAGGGGGCACACUACAUCCACGGGAGGACGCUGGUUCCUGAGGUGGAGGGGGGACCCUGCCCCACAGUUCACAUGCUCUGGACCCCAGUGCCACCGACCUUGACCCUGCCUGAGGAGGAGCAGGAGCGCUCCUGGCAGUUCCUGACGGCCGUGGCUGAGAGCGAGGAGGAGGUGAAGAGGAGCUACAGCCAGGGGCUGGCCCUCAGUGCUGCAGGGUCCCUGCACUCCUCCCACGUCCACGCCUGGGCCACGCUGUGGCAGGACUGCUGCAUAGACCUGGAGGGACCUCUGCCCCUGAGGCAGGCUCUGCGGGGGUGCCUCUACUACCUGCUGAGCUCCCUCCCACCCCAGGGCAGCCCAGGCUUCCUCUUCCAUGGCAUCAGCCCUGGGGGCCUCUCCAACGGCUCCCAGGGCGAGGACUACUGGGGACAUGUCUUCUGGGACCAGGAGACGUGGAUGUUUCCCAGCCUCCUGCUGCUGUACCCGGAGGCCGCCCGAGCCAUGCUGCAGUAUCGCAUCCGCACGCUGGAGGGCGCCUUACACAACGCUCAGGAGCAAGGCUACCAGGGUGCUAAAUUCCCAUGGGAGAGUGCAGCCACUGGCCGGGAAGUCUGCCCUGAGGAGGUCUAUGGAGCCCAGGAAAUCCACAUCACUGGGGACGUUGUGGUGGCCUUUGAGCAAUACUAUUACACCACACAGGACCAGAAGCUGUUCAGGGAGGCUGGAGGCUGGGAGCUGGUGAGUGCUGUGGCUCAGUACUGGUGCAGCAGGAUGGUGUGGAGUGAGCAGGAGCAGUGCUACCACAUCAGAGGUGUCAUGCCCCCAGACGAGUUCCACCCCCAGGUUGAUAACUCUGUGUACACCAACGCCGUGGCCCAGCGCAGCUUAAACUUUGCAGCUGCCCUUGCUCAGGACCUCUUGGUCCCUGUGCCAGAGGAGUGGGUGGAGCAUGCCAGGAAGGUCAAAGUGCCCUUCGAUGAGGAGAGGAAAUACCACCCUGAGUAUGAUGGCUACAGCCCAGGGGAGCUGGUGAAGCAGGCUGAUGUUGUCCUGCUUGGCUACCCUCUGCUGCACCCCAUGAGCCCUGAAGUCCGGAGGAACGACCUGGAGGUGUACGAGGCUGGCACCCAGCUGGGGGGGCCAGCCAUGACCUGGAGCAUGUUUGCAGUGGGCUGGCUGGAGCUGAAGGAGGUGCAGAGAGCCCAGAGCCAACUCAGCAAGUGCUUCAGCAACAUCACAGAGCCCUUCAAGAUCUGGGUGGAGAACUCGGAUGGGACAGGAGCUGUGAACUUCCUGACAGGGAUGGGUGGAUUCUUGCAAGCUGUCCUCUUCGGCUGCACAGGGUUCAGGAUCACGAGGUGCAGCCUCCGCUUCGACCCUGCCUUUCCUGAGGACAUCCACAAGCUGGCAGUCACUGGUGUCUCCUACCUGGGGAACAAACUGAAGUUCACCAUCACCAGAGAAGAGAUCAGGAUCCAAGUGACUGCAUCAGCCCAGGACCCUCUGGCUUCUCCCCUGGAAGCUGUGCUGCAGGAGUCAGGGCAGCGCUUUCCUCUGUGUGAAGGGCAGAGCAUCUCCUUCCCCACAGCAGCUGGCUGGAUUCAGAGGUUGUCCACUGAGACAUAUUAAACUUUGGCUGACCUCAG